GGCGCAAUAACCAGAAGGAAACAUUACUCAGCUCCAUUUCCUGAAGGUCAGUGGCUAGCGGAGAGGCACCCUUGCCGUCCUGAGAGACUCCAGGAGGGAUAGCAAGGUGCUGUGUCUCUGGGGUAGAGCACAGAGCAGAGACUUUUCUGGACUGAGGAAGCAGCCAGGUGUUGGUCAGCUCUUCUGCACCUGUGGUGUCUUCUGACUCAUCCCUCUGCUCCCGAAAUGGAGUAUGCCUGGUAUUGGCUUGAUGAUUCUGAGCAGUGGAUUGAGUAUGGGGAAGAGCAUCCGGAUCACUCCUCUGCCACGGUAACAUCUCUAAUUCUGGAGGAGGAAUUUCUAGCUGACCCUAAAGGCACCGUGUUAUUCAGGGCUGGUUCUCAGAAGUAUGAGUUAGACUUUGAAGACAUGGUCCAAACAAAUUUGGCCUAUAAAACUCGAAGAAAAGUCGCCCGACUGCCAAAAUUUCUGGCCUCUCAAGGUGGACAAGACAGAAGCCGAAACAUGAGUCUGUCAAAUUCUGCCUGUCCUCCACAAUGGGACCAAUCUGCACUGCCUGAUAUUGGGUUCAAGUUGGUACAGCUCAGUUACACUUCCCAUGAAUAUGGAAAAAUUAAGAGGCUGUUUGAGAAGACGAUGAAAGAUUACUACAUCCACCAAGUACAGAGAAUCCAGAACCCAGCACUUUGGCAGGUUUUUCAGUGGCAAAAGGAGCAGAUGAAGAAACUCAAUAAACCAAAACAGGUGGAUGAGCGGCUCCUCUUCCACGGCACAAACGUGUCCCAUGUGCCUGCCAUUUGUGAGCAGAACUUUGACUGGAGGAUCUGUGGGACUCAUGGGACAAUGUAUGGAAAAGGAAGCUACUUUGCCAGAGAUGCCAGCUAUUCUCAUGACUACUGUUCCUCUCACAAUGGUCGCUACAGCAUGUUUGUAGCUCUUGUUCUUGUUGGAGACUUUGUUGAGGGAAAACCUGAAUACGUUCGCCCUCCACUCAGAGCCAGAGAUUCAAACAGACUUUACGACAGCUGUGUGAAUGACCUGACAGACCCUUCCAUCUUUGUCAUCUUUGAGAAGCACCAGAUUUACCCUGCCUAUAUCUUGGAGUACAGCAACGAUGCCCAGUGUAUGAUCCUAUAAUGAAUGGUGGAACCUCCUUUGAAUUUAUGCUGAAUAAAUUGCACAUUAGUA